AUGCCCAGAGGGAACGGUACAAGCAAGAGCGACGACGCGGCGUUUACUGCUACUUAUCGUAUCUUAAAUCUACACACAAAUGAAGAGAAGAAAUCUCUUAAACAAGCACUUGAAUCCGAGUAUAACGCGAUUGCUACCAAAUUCGACCAUCAUGACGAUCUAGUCGUUGAGGAAAAAGGUGAUAAGCAUGAGGAUCUAGGUGUUGAGGAAAAAGGUGAUUUUCAAACAGUAAGGUUUGACGAGCUAUCCAUAUUGCAAAAGAUUAACGAUUUGGGGUAUUCGGUAAAGCUAGUGGCGUCAAAUGUGCCAGAAAUCAAUACAAGAGUGCAAAUUCAAGGUAUGACUUGUGGAGCUUGUUCUGCAGCAAUUACUCAAGCUUUGGAAAAACAACCAGGUGUCUCAAAAGCAUCAAUAUCUUUGGUUACUGAAAAUGGGCUCAUCUCCCAUUCAAGAAGCAUUGCCGGUAGCCAGAUUAUCAAUAUUAUACAAGACUGUGGAUUUGAUGCUCAACUACAAUCUACAACCAAAUUGCUUCAACAACAGCAACAACAAAAACAAAAAAAGUCUCCAAUUAUAAAGCAGACUACAAUUGGUGUAUCAGGGAUGACUUGUGGCGCUUGUUCGAGUUCAAUCACAAUGUCACUUGAGAAAUUGGAAAAUGUGCAAUACGUUUCUGUAUCAUUGAUUACUGAAGAAGCCUUGAUACGACAUACUCCUGAAAUAUCUCAAGAUGAGCUAAAAUCGGCGAUCCAAGAUUGUGGGUUCGAUACCACCUACAUCCGUACCGUUGAUCUCAAAGCUAAUCAAAGAGAUUCAACCACAAGCAAGGAAAAACAAGAAGGACAACCACAAGAAGAAGUAAAAGAAUACGAAGAAGUUACGUUGAAAUUGGUUGGACUCAAUUCCAACACUGACCAAUUAGGUUUGCGUUAUAAUAUAGAGGCUUUCUUGCAUAGUAUACCUGGAAUUGGCUCAUUUUAUUUGACAUUACUAGGUACAGAUGCAAGCUCGCUUGACGUCUCGGCUCCAGCUCGAAUUAGAGAUUUGGUCACUGAAGAAGAUACCGCAAGUGAUAUACAAGGCUUGAUCAAUGAGCUAGUCUUUUCCUAUGACUCAAACAUUAUAGGGAUAAGAGACGUUGUUGAUGGGCUCAACAAAAUCGAUGACCGUGUUACGUUUUUUGUCAUAAACUCGCUUGACCAAUCUUCGGCAUCACAGCUUAAGGUGCUUUCAAAAGUAAAAGAUAUCCAGUACUGGAAAAACAUAUCUAUUCAAAGUCUCAUUGUUGGUAUCCCUAUCUUAUUCCUAGUCCACACGGAAAAAAUGGCGUUUUGGAAGAAAACCAUGCUCUUUCCAGGUCUUUAUUUGGUGUCACUUGUUGAGCUUGUCUUAUCUACUUAUAUGCAAUUCCACUUGGGAGCUAAUUAUAUUAAGAAAUUUGCAUCUUUCUUAAAAAGAGGCUUCAAGGGGGCAUCGAUGGAUGUGUUGGUUUGUAUCUCAACAAUGGUGUCAUACAUAUUUUCAGUCACUUCAAUAAUAGUAAGCGUUUGGUACGGAAGAACAACAAGGCCUCCAAAAGUACUAUUUGACACUCUUGUCAUGUUAAUUUCAUUUGUGUCCUUUGGUAAAUUAUUAGAAAAUAAAGCCAAAGGUGCAACUUCGACUGCAUUAUCUAGCUUACUACAAUUAACCCCAUCAACCUGCACUAUUUUAGAAAAUGCCCUGGACUAUGAAUCGAGGAUGAUGGAACAAGAAAAGGAGUAUACUGAAUCCUCCUCUAAAGAAGAAGAUAAAAUUCAUGACUUCCAGACUCGCUCCAUAUCUAUUGAUCUUGUGCAACCUAAUGAUAUUGCAAUUGUAUUACCGGGAGGCAAAAUACCAGCAGAUGGAAUAAUAGUAUUUGGGGAGACGGAAGUGAAUGAAUCAUUCAUAACAGGUGAACCGCUUCCCAUUUAUAAAUCAAAAGGCGACAGCGUUAUUGGAGGAUCUAUUAAUGGUGCGCAUUUGAUAUACAUUAGAGUAACAAAUACUGGGAAUAAGUCUCAACUACAGCAAAUCAUCAACUUGGUAAAGGAUUCGCAAGUCAACAAGGCUCCAGUACAAAGAUUUUCAGAUCUUAUAGCGGCCAAGUUUGUACCAUCGGUAUUGAUUUUGGCGCUAGCCACGUUUAUCAUAUGGUUGAUUGUUUGUUACUUUGUGCAUUCCGAGAAAUUGCCAAUGAUUUUCAGAAAAGAUGAAAAUGGCAAGUUUUUUGUUUGUUUGCAGCUAGCCAUCUCUGUUGUUGUUGUUGCUUGUCCUUGCGCAUUAGGUUUGGCGGCUCCUACUGCGGUGAUGGUUGGUACAGGUGUUGGCGCAUCGAAUGGGGUACUUAUAAAAGGAGCAGAUAUAUUGGAAAAAACUACAUCAAUAAAUGUCUUGUUGUUUGAUAAAACUGGUACAUUAACGACUGGGGAAAUGACAUUGGCUCAUGCAAAACCUAUUUUGUAUGACAAAAAUAUGACAAUUAGCGAUUGGUGGCAGUUGGUAGGUUCAGUUGAGUGCAAUUCAGAGCACCCAAUCGGACGUGCAUUGGCAAAACUGGCCAAAUCCAAUUGUGGUUUGAAUUUUGAGGAAGAUGUUUUUGAUACAACUGUUGAGCAAAUCAAUGUAUUGAUAGGCUCGGGCAUUGAAGCCGAUGUGGUUUUGGGAUCUCGAAAAUACCAUGUCCAUGUUGGUAAUGCUAAACUAUUGAAGGAAAAGUUUCCUGAUUUAUUAGACGUUGUUGAUAACUUGUUCUUUAACUCUCAGAAUACAAUUACAUUUGUUGUUAUUAAUGGAAAGUAUUCGGGAUAUAUAGAGCUAUCUGAUUCCUUGAGAGAAGGCUCACGCGAGGUGAUUGACUACUUGAAGAAUGUUGAAGGCUACAUAAUUGGAAUGGUGACGGGUGAUAAUAAAGGCGCUGCAUUGAAAAUAGGCAAAGAGGUUGGAAUAGCUGAGGAGAAUAUAUUUUACGAAGUUUCACCGGUGCAUAAGGACAAAGUUAUCACAGAUAUAAAGAAUAGGUUUGGAACUUUGGCUGAUGAUGUUGGGAUUGCUUUUAUUGGUGAUGGAAUAAAUGAUGCGCCCGCUUUAGCAAAAGCAGACAUAGGCAUGGCAAUCAGUUCAGGUACAGACAUUGCAAUUGAAAGUGCAGAUAUUGUGCUUAUUGGAAAUAGAAAACAAAAGAAUCAAACGGAUUUACAUGGGGUUGUGAAUGCAUUAAAAAUUUCAAAUAUGACAUUCUCAAGGAUAAAGCUAAACUUUUUGUGGGCAAUCAUAUAUAAUACGUUUAUGUUACCAUUUGCUAUGGGCUGCUUUUUACCGUUUAACUUGAUGCUCCCACCUGUGGCGGCAAGUAUUGCUAUGAUGACAAGCUCUUUGAGUGUGGUAUUUAGCUCAUUACUUUUAAAGUGCUGGAAGUCUCCUAAUUUGGAUGAGAAAGUCAACAUGACAGACUUGGAAAGUGGUAGAGAAAUUGAAGAUUUUAGUUUGAAGAAUGGUACAAAGGAACAAUUCAAGGCUCAUAGAAGGAAGAAGAGUUUGAGCUUUGGUCUGUUGUUUGCAAAAUUAACCAGGAGAGGACCACGUGUUUCAUCAAGUAAUCCAUCAUAUGAACUAGUUGGAACAAGAUUCUAG